AUGAGUUUAAACGGCGGUGAUCCACGAACGUAUAAAAAAAUAACUGAUGGUAAUAAUACUGCUGAUGAACAAAGUGGAUCUUCUUCAUCAAGUAAUCAAAAUAUGAAUAGUUAUAGGAGUAGUUUAACGAAUCAAUCAGAUUCAUCAACAUCCGGCAAUCAGUCAUCAUCGAACGUAACAACUACUAAAGAUUCAUCGAGUGAUCCGGGCAAAACAUCAUGA